AAGCGAAGGAUAAGAACACCAACCAAAUUGUGGCUAUUAAAAAGAUUAAACUUGGACAUAGGUCAGAAGCUAAAGAUGAAGAAUUCUUAAAGAGAAACCGAGUUCUAAUCCGAGAAUCUCCCAGAUGGGCCAACUGCCGCAAAGCCAUGAUCCAGCUGGUCUGCAGUGGACUGGUGUCCUUUGGGGACAGUUACUACUUCUGGCCUAUAAAAUAUUCAGCUAUAGUUCAAAGAUGUUUUCAAUAACAGUGACCUGGAGCAUGUCUAGUCUCCCUGUGUUAUCUGGAAUCAACAGAACAGCCCUCAGAGAGAUAAAGUUGUUACAGGAGUUAAGCCAUCCAAAUAUUAUUGGUCUUCUAGAUGCAUUUGGACACAAAUCAAAUAUUAGUUUGGUGUUUGAUUUUAUGGAAACAGAUCUAGAGGUUAUUAUUAAGGAUACUAGUAUUGUGCUGACACAGUCUCACAUCAAAGCAUAUAUGCUGAUGACCCUUCAAGGAUUAGAAUAUUUACAUCAGCACUGGAUUCUGCACAGGGAUCUAAAACCCAAUAAUUUGUUGUUAGAUGAAAAUGGAGUUUUAAAAUUGGCUGACUUUGGCUUGGCAAAGUCUUUUGGAAGUCCAAAUAGAGUCUAUACACACCAGGUAGUAACAAGGUGGUACCGAGCCCCAGAACUAUUGUUUGGUGCUAGAAUGUAUGGUGUAGGUGUUGAUAUGUGGGCUGUUGGUUGUAUUUUAGCUGAAUUGCUCCUCCGGGUUCCUUUUUUGCCAGGGGACUCUGAUCUUGAUCAGCUGACAAGGAUAUUUGAAACACUGGGCACUCCAACAGAAGAACAGUGGCCUGGGAUGACUAGUCUUCCAGAUUAUGUCACAUUUAAGUCCUUUCCUGGAAUGCCACUUCAACAUAUCUUCAGUGCAGCUGGUGAUGAUUUGCUUGAUCUUCUUCAAGGCUUAUUCACAUUUAAUCCUUGUGCUAGAGUUACGGCUACUCAGGCAUUGAAGCAGAACUAUUUUAGUAACCGACCAGGACCCACUCCAGGAAGUCAGCUUCCAAGACCCAACUGUCCAGCAGAAGCUCUAAAGGAACAACAAAAUGCACUUUUAAAUUUAAAAAGGAAGAGAACAGAAGGAAUAGAUCAAGCCUCAAGAUUGCAAUAAGGAAUGGAGGGAGAUCCUGCUGGGAAAGCUAUACCAGCUCUCCUGUCAACCUGUGGCUGUUGAGCAUUUCAUAGUGCAGAUGCUGGGCUCAGCUCUCUUGCCUGAUUUCCAACCUGGCUGUGCUGCAAAGUGGCUGCUGGGUAACCAGACUUCUGCAGUGGAAAGAAACAAGCUAGUAGGUGCUGUUGAUGUAGUCUAACUGCGUACCCACCCCUGUUGUGCAGUGGAUCUCUGGGGCACCUGGUGAGCCAUUGUCAUUUCCCACUUGUGAACUACUUCCAGUGGUCUGUCUUCUAAUGUGACAAGUGUCUUGGCUGAAGAUUAAGGCUUGCAGAGUAAGAGUAAUCAUUUUGUAGCUCCUGUGUUGUACUUCAUUUGACUCCUACCUUAAAACAAGGUGAAGUAUAUCGACCUUUUGAGGGAGAAUAGUUACUAGAUGCUAAAUAUCCUACUAUGCUGUAUAUUUGUUGUUGGUAAUUGAAAAUUAAACUUAAGUUCCCUACUAAGAUCUAUUAGUCUAUUAGACUCUGUAGAAAAAGUGUUUAUAAAAAAUGUUUAUCAAAUAACUUCAAUUAUAGCAGUUUUUGCUGUCUGUGUAAUUGAACAUCAACAUCCUGAGUGCAGGCUGGAAGGUUAAGAGGAGAAAGUUGCACACUUGCAAACUGGAACAUAAUCUAAAUGCCUGCUCUCUUUGGUUGAGAGAAUUUCCCUGACUUUGCUAUCUUUUUUGUCAGGCAUCACUGCUGUUUCCUCCUGAAAGGUUAGUACCCUUUGCAAACUUAGUGGCUCUUAUGUUGAGGCUUACUGAUACUGGGAUUUGAGUAGCUUCUAUGUAUUGUACCGAUAUUGUUGCUUGUACAGCUUGAGCAAAACCUUUUUUCUUCCUUCCACUCUAUUGCCACUAUAAAUGUAGUAAAUCUUACUGCAAGAGCAUAUAAUACAGAAAGAGGAGGUGAUCUCUAUUUUAAACAAAACUGAUUGCAUUUUUCACAGAGACCAGGAUUACUUGUCGUGACAUGGAGAACAAGGACAAGCUAUUGCAUUCUCAUCUUGCUUCUCUAGUUCCUGACUGGUGUCAGCACUUGCAUGAUCUCUGUAGCCUUUAUGUUCUUCCAACAAAGAAGGCUCACAGCUAGGUUGAGUUGUAUCGUACUGUUGUUGCUUUGCAUCUGUUGUAUGGCCUUAUCCAUGGUGUGGUCUUGAUGCUGUCACUGCUCUAGCCAGCACUGCCAGUUUGUUCUCUGAAAAGAACUGUUCUACAUGUGUUCUUUCUUGGAUUUAAUGGCUGUUCUUGUUCUCAUGACUUGCUGUAGAUGCAUCAUUCUCCUAACUCCUGCUUUGCAGUUUCUUAUGGUGCACAGUUAUUCAUGCUUUGUGUGCUCCAAUUUAACAAUUGCUUUCCAACUCUCUGCAAUUUCAGUUGCAGGCUUCAUCUAUGACUUGUUAAUACUCAUUUCCUUCUUGGAGAGAAGGGAAGGGUUUUUAGGAAAAAAAGCUACAAUUUUAACGUGCUUUUCUUCAAAUCCCUCUGUUCCAUUUGUUGACCCUUGUAUUUUUAUACUGAACUCAGUCAACCUUGUCUGAAGUAAGGUAUUGUCUCUAAAUGGCUUUAAUAAAAUAACAAGAUAAAAUAGA